AUGGCGGUGAGAGUUCCGUGGCGCGACUCCAUCAUGUGGGCCAACGCCCGGCUGCUGUCCGUGGCCGGCGUGUGGUCUCCGCCGGGCCACCAGGGCUGCUACUGGCUGUACACCUGUUGGCUGUUCGCCUCCCAGUGCUUCAUGAUAGCCGGCCAGCUGGCGGGGCUCUGGUACUUCCGCGCAGAUAUGGACAAGAUAACGCUCGACAUCUGCCUCACCGUAACCGUCGUGAUGGGCGUCAUAAAGGGCGCGGUGAUCGUGGCGCACAAGGAGCAGUUCUUCAGCAUCGUCAACCACCUGGACGACGUCACGGCGGCUCAGCGGGAGGCGAGCGACCCGGAAGUCGCGUCUGUGCUCGACUCUACUGUGCAGCUGUCGCGGACCAUUACGGUGUACGUGCCGAUGAUGGGCAGUCUGUCUCCCGUGAUGUGGGGGCUGACGCCGCUCCUCUUGAGGCUGCUGGGUGGAGGGUCGCACCAGCGCGAGCUACCUGUGGUGUGCUGGUACGGUUCGUGGGACACCGUCACUCCGUACUACGAGCUUCUGUACGUUGUGCAGUUUGUUACCAUACAGGGCGGCUACUUGGUCGUUAUGGGCUCUGACCUCUUCUUCAUAUCACUUAUGAUACACGCUGCGGCCCAGCUACGGAUUCUCAACAUGAAACUCGAGAAGAUUGUCAAGAAUGAAGACGAAUGGAAUGGCAAAGGCAUUGAAGCAUUAACAUGUAUAUCUGGGUACCGUAUCAAUGGUUUGAAAGGUACUGAAAAAUGUGAAGGGGAGUGGAACUCGACGUCCAAGCUUACUCACUAUGUAACGGAUCAGACUAGCAGCUACAGUGAACUUCGGGUAUGGGUGGAGCAACACAAGGAUGUCAUCAAGUAA